AUAAAGCGAGUAUGGAGUCCGUUUUACGCACCACCCAAAACAAAACCCCGCUCCAAGCCCCGCAAUUUUGGCGCCAAAACAGGAAUGGCGAAUAAGCUGAAAUCACAAUCCUCUCAUUCUCCAUCGAUGCGCCAGCUCCGCUGCAAAUUCACUCGAAUCGUCUGUAAUCACGAUCAGCUCAAAAUCGCUUUUCAUCAGCUCAAAUCGCAGAUCGAAAGCGGCCUAAAAGAAGCUGAAGAUGUGUUUAGGUCACUUGCAAUUCCGUUAUCGAAGCUCGUUGGCUUGAAGACCGUUGAAAUGGCUGAAGAAGGACGAUAUAGCAAUUUUUUCAUGACUUCUGAAUUACAAACUCAGAAUUGUUGGGGAAACAAUGGCAGAACAGAUUCUUCAGAAGGCUCGCCAUCCGCGACAGAUAGAGUACAUCAAACACACAAGUUUGAGGAAGACUUUACUACUAGAGCCACCACUGCAGGGAAAGAUCUGAUGCAGAAACAGAAAUUUCAACUAACACAGUUAGUUUACCUUCUUAAAAAAAUCGAAGCUCAGGUUAACUCUAGCCAAAAUGAAGUUUCUCAGAACAUCAGUGACCAUCAAGUCUCCAUGCAGAAGUACUUUGAAAAAGCUAUUAGAUAUGUAUCUACUUUUUAUCAGUCUGGUCAAAACUAUGAAGCCUUUCUUGUCACAAUCCAAAUCCUUAAAGCCACAUUUUCUCGAGUGCAUAAUGUCCUUGGAUCUGUAGAGGGAGAUGUUGACAAUAUGAUGAAUAAACUUGCUACAUUAAUGUGUAAUCCGAUGAUUGAGUAUGUCAAGGGCUUGAAAGCUGAAAUAACAUCAGGAACGUUCCCAAAGUUGUUGACAAUAGUGGAAGAAAUGGUAGAAGCAAAUAAAGAUCGAAGACUAGAAUUAGAGGAAGCAAGAAUGAAGUUGAAAGGGGCAGAAGAAUGGAAGAUUGAGGCUUUGGGCAGAUUGCAGGAAUCAGAGGGGCGAGCAAGGAAGAUGAAAGUGCAGCUAGGACUCUUAUUGGAAUCUGAAAAGAGGUCCUUGAACUUGGAGCGUAACACUGGGAAAGAGUUCUUAUGUUUAAGGGAAGAUCAGACAAAAGAUGAGAAGUUGUUGUGGGAACUACUGAAGAAAAAGAGGAAAUACCAACCACCAGACAGUCCAUUUGCACAAACAGGAUUCCUGUGCACUGGGACCAGCAACACACAGAGGAAAUUAACAAAUGGGAGGUCAUUAAUCCAUUGCAAACCCAUCAAACGUAGCUGUGUCCAGGGAUUAAAUCCACAAACCCCGCGCUUGGAUUACUUGAUACCCCUAGGUUCAACACCUUCAACGACAACUCAUAAUUGCUUUAAAAUGCGCAAGCGCAUUACACCAUGAGGUUAAGCUCAAGUGGUACAUGGACUACUGCAAUGUACAUUUGCUCUUUCUGGUAACUUUUUACUAGAUGCUAUGUUUCGGUAAAGAGUUCUAGAUAGUUUUAUGUUUCUGGAUACUGAUGCCCAUGAGUUCAUUAGUUUUAUUUUAUAUCGUUUUUUUUUUAUUGUACUUUAGUUGCUUCGGCUAGAUAGCCGUAGUUGCUUGGAUUCAGCAGAAAAUAUAUAGAGCUUAGCUAGGGUUAGCAAAUUUAAACACAUGAUUUGUAUAAAAAUUCACAGACAUACGUAAGCAGAAUGGAAGUAUAGAUCCAGGACUCAACUUGUGAAUAAACUCACCCUUUGAUUUCCUGUCGCCGCAGCACUCAAAAUUUAAAGUGCUUCGGCAGACAAGCAUUUGGCUGGAAGGAGAACUUACUAGUACUGAGCAUAUCUGAAGAAAAUUGUCAAUUGAAAUGUGAAAGAAAGUUAAGGGAUUACUUCACAAAUUACAAGACAAGUGAGGAGGAAGAGAAGUUUUCAUAUCUGAAGGAGAUUAUUAAUUUAUGAGGCUUCUGGACUUCUGGUCACAGGAGGUCAAAUAUAACUAAAUUUGUAAUUUAGGGAGGUGAGUCUGUACAAGUAUUCGCUGGUAACCUACUGGUGUAGGUAAAGAGGAAUAAUUGACUAGAUCGAUCAGGGACUAAGAAGAGAUUUCAGUUGGGUAAGAAGAUUGUUGAUCAGAGAGGCUUGAUGGUCAGAGGAGGUUACAGUCAUUAUAUUUAUGGAUUAUUGAAUGUGACUACAUGUGCUAGUAACAAUAUGAUAGAGAGUUGAAAAGAAUUCAUGAAGCAUAUAUCAGUAAUAUAUAACAUUUAAAAUGAAAGAGUUCAUAUGGUUGACGUAUAUCUUUUUUCCCCUCAAGCUGAUGUCACUAAACAAGGUCCGAUUCUUUGUAGCUUAAUUAGAAACCAUUAAGAUUUAAGACGGUUGAUUAAUUGACAAGUAGUUGAAAUUGGGCGGUUCAAACAGGUUCAGCUGGUCCUUUUGCCUUGAUGUUCUUUGGCACAUACCAAACAACAAGAAAACCGAAGUACUAAAUGUGACUAAAUAUUUUGUAAGAGCGUACUGUUUACUUUGCUUGCCUCGGUAUAUGGCAUACUUCUAGCUGGCAUAUCUGUUCAUUUUCAUAAGUUUUAAGCGUGCCUCAAGUUUGCAAUAUAAUAGAUACGCUUUUAAGUUGGUUCUUCCCCUAAUUCUAGUGGAAAUUGAAAUUCAUUCAUAUAUCUUUACAAAUUUGGGAUUGAACUUCCUUAAAAAAGGAUUGAACGUUAAAUAUUUUUAACUUCGGGGCAUGCUUACUUUAUAUUUAUAUUAAAAGCUGUAUUUUAAUUGAUUUAUACCGAGUUCAGUUGCUUACUUUGUAAAAGCGUGAUGACUCUCCCUGUCACAACACCUUGUGCACACAACUUUUGCAAGUCUUGUGUAGAAGAAAUAUUUGCUGGGCAGACUUUCACCAAGGAGAGGAAUAGGGGCGGGCGCACUCUGCGAUCACAGAAGAAUGUUAUGAAGUGCCCUGCAUGCCUUAUGACAUAUCUAACUUUCUUCAGAAUCCACAGGUGAACAGAGAAGUGAUGGAUAUCAUUGAGAAACUAAAACAGAGACCUGAGGAUGAGAAUACUGUGGACGAGUCUAUAGUGAAGGUAUCGGAUACUUCUGAAAAUGGUGGCCUGGUGGCUUUGUCAACAGAUGAGGAUACAGACUCAUCAAAUACUGAAACUAAGCCACUGAGCUAAAUACUGAUGUGGUGGCUGGCGGGAGCGCCGGUGUAACCUGCAGAUGAACAAAUUAAACUUAAAGUAUUUUCUUUCAUAAGAUAGCCAUAAACUUAAAAUUCACUUUACAUAUCUACAUUUCUACACAGGGCACCUUUGCAUAAGCCAAUCUUUAUAUCCAGUAUGUUGGUUGUACGGACUUUGUAUUUUUAUAAACUUAACUGUGCUUUGCUCUGUACAUAAUUACAUUAAACGGGGCGUGUAAAUUUGCAAUCUAAUAAUUCAGUAGAAUUAAGUAA